AUGCGGCGCCCACAGCUCCUCACACCGACUGAAUUAAGCAGGCUGCGCGAUCGCUCUGACGAGAAUGACAAGCUAGCCACGUGCUGGGACCGCAAACAUGUCGGCAUUCUUCUGUUCGAUUACUCGGCCCCGCCCAUGAGCUAUACUGGCUAUCCGAUGCUCAGAGUCUCACUUUUGAAAAGAGGCGUUUCGAAGACGCGCCAUGCCUCAGGCUGGUGCGAGUCGGAACGCGAUUUCACCUUUAUCGGCAACCUGACGGAUGCUCCGCCGCGAGACUACCACUACGGCAAGAGCUCCACAUACGAGCAGCCAGCUGCCCUGAUGAGGGACAAGAUUAAAGCGAUCCUCGCCGAGUUGAGCGAAAGAUACGCCACGCUCUGUCUGUGUACUGCACGGCCGAAGCAAUUGGCCCUGGGGCUGCAGAAAAUUGGCCUCAAAAUCCCGAAGCAGUUCGUGGUUGUCGAUCUGGUCAGGGUGCUCGAGUUCCAGGCCGUACCAGAUGUCAUCAACAGCGUGCUGGCCGGGGAGGAGGAGUUCGCGGCGCGGGCCAACGACGGGGAAAUCUGGACUGGACCGGGGCAUGGCGCGGACUGCUCGCUAGCCUCGGUGUUGCUGGCGCUCGUCGGGCCGUUAGCGAAGAAUUACACCGGUGACUGGAAGAGGAUCGAGCGGGAGGCGGUGGCGGCCAGUCGGUUGUUGGGUGGAACGGGACUCAAGGUCGUUGGCGAGAUGAACAAGAUCAAGAGUAGAUCGUCGAAGCGAGGCAAAAGAGAACCAGACGCCUGA